AUGACCGCCCCAGUCCUUACAAGCACUCCCGUCCCCGAAGCCACCAAGCCAAUCAUGAGCUCAACAGUCACCCCCAUCGACAUUGAGACCGACGGACCCCUCUUCUCCCCCUCCCUCAUCUCCCCCGAAGUGAUCUCCCUUCUCCCAACAGACUACACCAUCCGCCCCAUGCGCCGCUCAGACUACCACCGCGGGUACCUGGAUGUGCUGCGCGUGCUGACGACCGUAGGAGAGAUCAGCGAGGAAGCGUGGAACCAGCGGUACGAUUGGAUCACCUCGCGCAACGACGAGUACUACUUGCUGGUUGUCUGCGAUGGCGCGGACCGGGUCGUCGGAACAGGGAGCCUGAUUGUCGAGCGCAAAUUCAUUCACUCGCUUGGCAUGGUUGGGCAUAUCGAGGAUAUUGCUGUUGAGAAGAAUCAGCAGGGCAAGAAGCUGGGGUUGAGGAUUAUCCAGGCUUUGGAUUAUGUUGCUGCGCAGGUUGGCUGUUACAAGAGCAUUCUUGACUGCUCCGAGGUCAACGAGGGAUUCUACGUCAAGUGUGGCUUCAAGCGCGCAGGUCUCGAGAUGGCUCACUACUACUGA